AUGGGAAGAGCAUCGUUCCCUAAACGAGUGCUCAUGGCAUUCGCAUUCAUAUUUGUCUUCCUUUGGUGUGUACUGUUCAAGGAUCUUCCACGCCUGUUGCUUCAGCGAAGGAAGAAGAUAGAAAAUCAGAUUGUGGUCAUCACCGGUGGAGCAAUGGGAAUAGGAAAGGAGGUGGCAAAACGUCUAGCUGUCCAGCACAAGGCCAAAGUAUGCAUACUCGACGUGAACGAGAAGGAAGGCCUCAACGCUGUUGAUGAGAUCUCCAGAGAAGGUGGCAUAGUACGGUUCUUCCGAUGUGAUGUCUCAGACCCUGAAACGCUGAAAUCUACUGCAGACGAGAUUCGGAACGACCCACUAUUAGGACCAACUGAGAACAAUGAUUCAGGGCCAGUGAAUAUAUGUAUUGCUAAUGCAGCAGUACUUCGAUUGGGUGAAUGCUUGGAGUUGUCGGAAAAGGAUUACAAGAUGAAUUCCGAUGUGAACAUCCUGGGGCAUAUUUACACUGUGAAGACGUUCCUUCCGGAUAUGGUAAUUGCUGAAAAGGGACAGAUCGUAUCCAUUGGCUCCAUAUGCAGUUACUAUGGAGAUCACUAUGGAACGGCUUAUUGUGCAGCAAAAUUUGCAUGUCGAGGAUUCAUGGAGGCACUUCAGAUGGAAAUGAUAGCCAAAGGAUUCUACAACAAGAUCGUAUUCACAUCCAUUUACCCAUACUUCGUGAAAACGGGCUUUAUCGAACAACUCAAUGAGCCAUACAGCACGUUCUACGACGUCCAGCCAGUGGACAAGUGUGCUGAAGAGGUGGUUGAUGCCAUCCUCAAAGAGAGAGUCUCUCACUUCAUCCCCGGUGGAAUCGGAUUCCUUUGCCUCUACUUGAAAUGGUGGGUAUCAAAUAAUUUCUUCAAACUGAAUAGGCAAGGAUCGCAAUAUAUGUUGACAAGUGACCCUAAGAAGAAGAUACAGAGAAAAGUAUAA